CCCGGAGCCCGCCGCCUCUGCAGCCCCACCAGUGGAACCCAGCGACACGCCGAGCAGCGCUUUUGGUACGAGAUGGCCAUGACUAACCCCUCCCCAAUGGGCCCGUGGAAGAUCACGGUGUACGACCAGGAGCACUUCCAGGGCAAGCGCAUGGAGUUCACCGCCAGCUGCCAGAACAUCAUGGAGUGCGGCGUGGACAACAUCCGCUCCCUCAAGGUGGAAUGCGGCGCCUGGGUGGGCUACGAGCACUCCAGCUUCUGCGGCCAGCAGUUCAUCCUGGAGAAAGGGGACUACCCACGCUUUGAGGCCUACAGCGGGAGCAACUCCUACCGCAUCGAGAGGAUGAUCUCCUUCAGACCCGUCUGCUGCGCAAACCACAAAGACGCUCGCAUGACCAUCUACGAGAUGGAGAACAUGAUGGGCCGCCAGUUCGAGCUGUCUGACGACUACCCCUCCCUGCAGGCCAUGGGCUGGUUGAACAACCAGGUCGGAUCCAUGCAAAUCCAGAGCGGCGCCUUUGUGUGCUACCAGUAUCCAGGCUACCGAGGCCAGCAGUACAUCAUGGAGUCAGACUGUCGCGGAGGCGAGUACAAGUCUUACCGCGAGUUUGGCUCCCAAGCUCAGACCCCCCAGAUCCAGUCCAUCAGAAGGAUCCAGCAUUGAGGUGUGGGUGGCGUCUCCGUGCCGCUCCUCCGCCCUCCUCUUUGUCCACCAUCUAUCCGGCUCCUUGGGUCCAGCUAGUCUAAGCAGGAACCCGAGCUGGAACGUUCGGUGCUUUGCUGUUGUCCACAGCACUUUUGUAUUUUUAAAGAAACACCAUUAGAGUAAAUGAAAGGACACGUUUCUAUUGUGACCUCCAUGGCUGACUUCUGCUGUUCAAUAAAGAAAAGCCGACACCCUCAAUAA